AUGUUCUACAGAUUCUGGUGGCUUUUGUGGAUACUAGGACAGCAUGUGUUUUUGGCACAAAAUCUCAAUGAAGACAAAAGAAAUGGAGUAAGACGACAAAAAUCUAAGCACCUUCUGUCAAAUACUGUAGAAAAAUAUCCCAGUCCAAGUGAUCAAGAUGAAGAUUGCGUUCUUGAAAUAGCUUUUCUACUGGACAGUUCAGAAAGUGCUAAGGACUAUAGUCACGAACAACAGAAAAAAUUUGUGUUAGGAACAGUGAACAGUAUGAAAGAAGUUCAAGUCAAUUCUGGACGUAAUCUCAGUUGGAGGAUGGCCUUACUUCAGUACAGUAGCACUGUUCUCAUAGAGCAAACUUUCCGAGACUGGAAAGGUCCUGAAGCUUUCAAAUCCCGCAUUGCUCCCAUAACCUACAUAGGCCAUGGUACCUACACAACAUAUGCCAUAACCAAUCUCACACAACUGUACAUGACUGAAGGGACUCAUGGAAGUGUGAAAGCAGCUGUGCUCUUGACAAAUGGAGUGGAUCAUCCAAGAAAUCCAGAUAUUUUUGCAGCUACUGCUGAUGCUAAACAUCAAGGAAUUGUGUUCUUCACAGUAGGAAUGACCAGAGUGGCUGAGGAGGUGGCCAAUGCUGCCAAGCUUCGACUUCUGGCCAGUGUCCCAGCAUCAAGGUUUGUUUUCAACCUCCAAGAGAAAGGAGUUGUGGGGAAAAUUGUGAAAGAAAUGAAAGAUCUGGCUGAGGAAGGGUGUCCCCAGGCUCCCACAUGUAACUGUGAGAAAGGGGAAAGAGGCCUUCCUGGCCCUGCUGGUAAAAAGGGUCGUCCAGGUGAUGAUGGGGCUCCUGGCCAGAAAGGAGUAAAGGGGGAUGCAGGUCUCAAUGGAAUUCCAGGAAAAGAUGGAACUGAGGGAAAAUCUGGCUACAAAGGAGAAAAAGGGGAAAGAGGUGACUGUGGCACUCCAGGGAUAAAAGGUGACAGAGGUCCAGAAGGUCCAGUUGGUCACACAGGACUGAGAGGUCUACAGGGUUCCCAAGGGUUACCCGGAGAUCAAGGGCCUGAAGGUGUGCAAGGAUCAAAGGGUGAAAGAGGCCUCCCUGGGCCGCCUGGAUUGACUGGAGAAACUGGAAUAGGAUUGCUUGGACCAAAGGGUGACAUUGGCUUGAUAGGAAGACCAGGCCCUGUUGGCCCACCUGGAGCUGGUGAGCCAGGACUACCGGGGCCUCAAGGACCUCAAGGGAUUCAAGGAGAAAGAGGUUCACCAGGUGAAGGGCUUCCAGGACCAAAGGGAGAGCGUGGUUUUGAUGGUCCAAAAGGACCUCGUGGCCAGCCAGGCAUUGGCAUAAAAGGUGAAAAGGGUGAAAUUGGCCCACCUGGUCUACCUGGGCCUAUUGGGUUAUCUGGCAUUGGGAUUCAAGGAGAAAAGGGGGUAGAAGGCCCAAAAGGACCACCUGGUCCAAGAGGGCCACCUGGACAAGGGCUACCUGGAUCAAAGGGUGAACAAGGCUUGCCAGGAGAAACUGGAGCUCCAGGAGAAAGAGGACUUGGGGAACCUGGUUCAAAGGGUGAACCAGGCUCUUCAGGACUGGCAGGUCUGCCUGGUCUUCCAGGGAAGAUGGGCCCAGGACAAAAGGGGGAGCCAGGAGUACCUGGCCUUCGAGGUCCUGAGGGUGCCCCAGGGAUUGGAAUACAAGGUGAGAAGGGUGAACCUGGUGGGCCAGGACGUCUUGGAAUGCCGGGCCUUCCUGGUCGAGCUAUUCCAGGACCAAAGGGUGACAUUGGGUUACCUGGUCCAGCUGGCCCAGUUGGAGAACCAGGAGUUGGGAUUCCUGGCGCUAAGGGUGACGUGGUCAUCCAGACCACCUGGACCAUUUGGGCCAAAGGGAGAUGGUUAUCCAGCCCACCUGGACUUCCAGGUCUUCCAGGAGCUCCUGGUGAACAAGGCCCUGAAGGAUUUGGAUCACCAGGACCUAAGGGUGAUCCAGGUUUUCGAGGACCAGUUGGUCUCCCAGGUCCUCCAGGAGAAGGCCUUCCAGGACCAAAAGGAAAUGUAGGACGGCAAGGGUCCCCAGGCCCCCAGGGAGCUCCAGGUGAAGGUAUUCAGGGAUCUAAGGGUGAGCAAGGAAUUCAAGGAAUGCCAGGACCUCGGGGGCCUCCUGGGAAGGACUACUUGGACCAAGGUACAGGUGAUCGCGGUGCUGCAGGUGAAAGGGGAAGAAAAGGAGAAAAAGGCAACAUGGGUGAUCCUGGUUUGUUUGGAGAACCUGGCAGUACUGGACCCAAGGGAGAGCAAGGUCUAACAAGAGAAGAUAUAAUUAAGUUAAUUAAAGAGAUAUGUGGCUGUGGUAUUAAAUGCAAGGAAAUACCUAUGGAGCUUGUGUUUGUGAUUGACAGCUCUGAAAGUGUGGGACCAGAAAAUUUUGAGAUAAUUAAAGACUUUGUCACUGCAUUAGUAGAUAGAGUAACUGUAGGCAGAAAUGCUACCAGAAUUGGUCUUGUACUCUACAGUUUAGAGGUUCGGCUAGAAUUUGGACUUAACAGGUACACAACCCAACAGGACGUGAAACAAGCAAUUAGAAAAAUGCUGUAUAUGGGGGAAGGUACAUACACAGCAACUGCUAUCCGCAAAGCAACACAGGAAGGAUUUUUUGGUGCUCGAACUGGUGUGCGAAAAGUAGCUAUAGUAUUAACAGAUGGACAGGCAGAUAAGAGAGAGGCUGUUAAAAUGGAUAUCGCUGUCCGAGAGGCCCACGCAACCAACAUUGAAAUGUAUGCAAUAGGAAUUGUAAAUACUUCAGAUCCAACACAAGUUGAAUUCUUGCGUGAAUUAAAUCUGAUCGCAUCAGAUCCUGACAGAGAACAUAUGUAUCUCAUUGAUGAUUUUAAUACUCUUCCAGCUUUGGAGUCCAAAUUAGUAAACCAGUUUUGUGAAGACGAGCAUGGUGCCUUAAUAUAUAAUCGUAUUGGAAAUGGUGCAAGCAUAAGUGGACCAUCUAUCCAUUCAUUGUCUUCCGGUUCUUCACAUUACUUACUUCACAGCAUCAACAAUGUUAAUGGACUAUCAGUUUCAUCAGACAGGCAUGGAACAUCUAUGAGAGAAAGCAAGCUUUCUCAACCAUUAGUUCCGACCAAAGAAUCAUCUGUGGCAGUUUAUGAAGACCAUGAAGAGGAGGCUGAGAAAGAUGAGCAGCCACUCUUGCCUUCAGUGAACAGCAGAGUAGUGGUAUCAUCACUGCCAUCACCACCGCCAGACAAAAUGCUGUCACCAUCUCUUUCAUCAGCUUCCUCUGUGUUGCUUACAGACAGACCAGAAAAUAUCCUGGAUCCACGAUGUAAAUUGAGAUUAGAUCAAGGUUCAUGUCGUGUGUAUAUAAUAAAAUGGUACUAUGAUAAACAAGCCAAUGCCUGUGCUCAGUUUUGGUAUGGUGGUUGUGAUGGAAAUGCAAAUCGCUUUGAUGCUGAAGAUGAAUGUAAAAAGGCCUGUGUAUUUUAUUCUGGAGAAGACUAAAGUUUGAUUUGAAUUCUGCAACAAAGACAACUUCUUUUUUUAAGUAAAAACUGAAAGUUUUACACAAGUGCUGUUUUUACACUUGUAAAGUAUUUUGAUAUAAUACUUAAAUAGAUAACUGUACAUCAACUUACAAUUUGAAAGCAAAUACUACUUAGGGGUUAUCAUCACUUAUGUCUGUCAACUUGCUAUCUAUCAAUAUUAGAGCUUCAACGAGAAGGACAAAUAUUUUAAGAGAAAGUGGCAUAGAGGAUUCUUGGGGUUAUUUUCCUAGCUCUACCAAUUAACAGUUCCAUGAUCUUGGGAAAGUCACAUAUGUCCUCUAUGUUUCAAUCCACCCAUUUGUAAAAUGAAAGACUGUAAUAUUGCUCCCUUAUGGGGAGGAUCUGAGGCAUAAGUAAUUUAUGUUUACAAAGUACUUUUAAGAUCACUAUGAAAGUCACUGUAUACAUGCAAAAUAUUAUAUUUGUAACUAUACAAAAACAUUGUACUUCUGAUGUAAAGACUUUCUUUAGUUUCCAUUGGCUAGUAAGAUACAAGAUGAAUCUAUUUAAUAAUGCCUAGAAACAUAUGUGACUGAUUAUAACAGUAACUGGCAUUGCUAAAAUAGAUCAAUUCAGUCCUAAAGUAGUUCUUUUAUUUUUUAAAGUAUUGUUUUUUGAAAAUAGUGUUUGAUUUUUAAAUGCAAUUUAAUAUUCUAACCUCAACAUUUUUUUAAAACUCAUUUAACUUAUGUUCAGAAGAACAACUGCAGCAUAGGCCUGACAAUAACAAGCCAUUUUGCAUUCCUGUUUAAGU